CUUUAAAAUCGAAAAAACCAUAUCAAGAACCGCGCUUAAUUUCCGUACCACUCUCUCUCUCUCUCUCUCUCGCGCGCGCGCUCUCUUCUCUCGUUUCAGAAACUAGGGUUUUCCCCCAUCGACCCUCGACGUAGCGAUCUACGUAACGCUCGUGGUUUUGGAGCUCCUCCACUCGUAGGCUCCCCGUUCUUCGAUCGCCAUGGAGGUUUCGCGACCGAUUACUCCGGGCCAGGUGUCGUUUUUACUUGGAUUUGUUCCCCUUUUUUUCGCAUGGAUAUACUCCGAGUUUCUGGAACAUAAGAAAAAUUCAUCUUCUUAUAAAGUUGCCAGACACUCCAACCUUGACUCAGUUGUCAUGAAUAAUGAGACAGAGAAGGAAGAUAGAGCCUUGUUAUUAGAGGAUGGCCUUCAAGCAGCAUCUACUAAAGCUCAUGAUGUUUCUUCUACAUGGCACCAUUUCAGUAGACUAUUCAUGUUGGAUGAGGCAUUUUUGCUAGAGAAUCGGUUGACACUAAGGGCAAUAUCUGAAUUUGGAGGUUAUUUGGUCUACUUUUACAUUUGCGAUCGUACAAAUCUACUUGGAGAGUCUACAAAGAGUUAUAAUCGGGACCUUUUUCUUUUUCUCUACUUUCUUCUGAUCAUUGUUGCCGCAAUGACUUCUUUUAAGAUCCACCAAGAUAAGUCACCUUUCUCGGGAAAAUUUAUUCAGUAUCUGAAUAGGCAUCAGACUGAAGAAUGGAAGGGUUGGAUGCAGGUGCUGUUUUUGAUGUACCACUACUUCAAUGCAAAAGAGAUAUACAAUGCUAUUCGUGUUUUUAUAGCUGCCUAUGUGUGGAUGACUGGUUUUGGUAAUUUCUCUUAUUACUAUGUACGGAAGGACUUCAGUCUUGGACGAUUUGCUCAGAUGAUGUGGCGCCUUAACUUCUUUGUGGCAUUUUGCUGCAUUGUCCUGAACAAUGACUACGUGCUGUACUACAUAUGCCCAAUGCACACUCUUUUCACACUAAUGGUAUAUGGUGCACUUGGACUUCUAAACAGAUACAAUGAGAUUGGAUCGGUGAUUGCAAUUAAAAUAGCUUCCUGCUUCUUGAUUGUUAUUCUGAUCUGGGAGGUGCCUAAUGUCUUUGACAUAGUUUGGAGCCCAUUAACAUUUCUUCUAGGUUACAAUGAUCCGGAUCCUUCUAAACCGAGAUACCCUCCUUUGCACGAAUGGCAUUUUCGAUCUGGACUUGAUCGUUACAUUUGGAUCGUGGGAAUGAUAUAUGCAUAUUAUCAUCCAACUGUGGAGAGGUGGAUGGAAAAGCUUGAAGAAGCUGAAUUAAGGAUUAGAAUAUCAAUCAAGACACUUCUUGUGACAGUUUCAUUAGUGGCUGGGUAUCUAUGGUAUGAGUACAUUUACAAGCUGGACAAAAUCACCUACAACAAAUAUCAUCCCUAUACAUCCUGGAUCCCCAUAAGUGUCUACAUCUGCUUGAAGAACGUUACACAGAAAUUCAGGGGCUGCUCUCUGACACUAUUCGCUUGGCUUGGGAAGAUAACACUAGAGACGUACAUAUCCCAGAUCCACAUCUGGCUUAGAUCAGGAGUGCCUAACGGACAGCCAAAGUUGCUGCUAUCAAUUAUUCCUAAUUACCCGUUGCUGAAUUUCAUGCUGACUACUGCCAUAUAUAUUACGGUUUCUUACAGGCUCUUUGAGUUGACAAACACACUAAAGAUGGCAUUUGUGCCGAGCCGAGAUGACAAGCGCCUCCUGCGUAACCUAAUCACUUCUCUUGCUAUCUCAGUCACAUUGUACGCCCUAGCGCUCAUAGUCCUUAAUGUUCCAAAGAUUCUGGUUCGAUAGAUUUUACACUUUACAGUGUUCACCAAGCUUGAGAUUAUGGUACGUUGCGCAGAUUUGCAAGAAAUUUAGUAGACAAUAUUGAUAUCAAUGUGGAAAAGUUCAUGCAGCAGCCCAGCAGAUUCUAAGCAUUGCAUUCUUUAGGGCUAAGAUAUUACGGUGAAAUAUGUCUGGAUUGUAUAUAUGGUGUCCUUGUUAUGCCUUUAUAAGAAAUAAAAGUUUGAGUAAAAA